AGCGGCAUCACGUCCAUCAGUCAAACCUGACUUCCGAUCACGCACCGUCACCUUUUCCCCGCUCUGGAGAGACAGAGAGAGCCGUUGAGAGCCCGCAGCCACACUGGCCUCCAAUACUUGUAAUAGAAAGCGAAGGGAGCAUAUCCAUUGUAUUCUCUUUUUUCCCUUGCUCUCUGACCUCUGCAGUUCUUUCUCAAAUAAUGUCCUCGUCCUCGAGCUCAUCGACAUCGAGGGAUGAGUCUUCGACGUCGUCCCGCCCGGCGAUGAACGCACUCGCGCCGUACACGCGCGACGCGACGAAGAACUCUCCUGCCCCCGAUCCGCAAAACCCCAAUGACACGCCUUCCUCCGCCGACGAAGAAAACCAGCGAAGCGACUCCAAUGCCGACGGCGACAACGGCGCUGACCACGCGGAAGACGGGCAGCCGUCGCCCUCCGACACUCAGAGCGACGCGUUAAGUCGCCCACGCGAUGAGGCGUUUGACGAGGUGGAGCGGCGGGCCCGUGUGGCACUGGAGAACAUCUCUGCCGGCGAGGGGAGCAUCGAGUCGCGCUUGGGUGAGUAUGUGGACGUCCUCCAGUCCUACCGCUCCGCCUGCCAGGAGCGGGCAAUGUACCACGAGGCCUUCCUUGUCCAGCAGGUGCUGCGCAACCUUCGCCUGAAUGAGGAGAGCCGGCACGUGCGCGGCAUCACGGAACAGCAGAUGGAGGAGCGGCGGGUGCUGGAGGAGGCGCACCGCGAGGAGUUCCGCGAGUUUCACCAUUCGUGGAACGCGCGCAUUGACGCCUUUGAGGAGGAGCAGCUGGAGGCCGAGAUUUCGCUCCUGGAGCGCCAGAACAACGAGCUGAUUCAGUUUCAGGAGGACAUGCGCGACUACCAGCCGCGGCUGCUCAAGUAUAGCCGAUCGCUGCUUGAGUCCCGCGCGAAGCAGAAGGUUCUCGCCCGGCAGCGCGACUACAUUGGGGCGCAGACGCAGAAGGAGAAGGCGGACGCGAUUGAAAUUGCGGAUAUGGAACGCUACGAAGGCGCGCGCCAGGAGUCGUUUGAGCGUCGGGAGCACGCGCUGCGUCACCGACACCAGCAGGAACUUCUCGCGCUGCGCACAAAGGUCGAGAGUCGUCGCCUCUACCUCGAGCGCUACCGGAAGCAGGAGCUGGAUGUGCUGCUCCAGCGCUACAUCAAUGUUCGCCGGUCCAUGGAGUCGCAGCAGAACAUCGUGCGCAACAAGACGGGCACGCUGCUGCUGAAGCACGCAUGCAACAUGAAGACGGAUAAUAGCGGCAUGGCAGUUCUCGUAGAGAGCGCAGGCUCAGGAGCGUUUGGUAGCGUGGUGCAGCGGCGCCAGGCAGACGAGCUCCGCGCGGCGCAGAGUCAAGGUGCCACGGCCACGUCGAGCAGCAAUGGUGAGGUUUAA